UGCGACGACAACACUGGUACACGAGGGUGUCUCGCUGACUCAAAUCGUCGUCGGCCCCGUCGCCUGCGUUGUGGACGACCUGCCGACGCCGCCGGACGCGAACGGCGCGCUCUGCGACGGCACAAUGGCCUUUGCCCACAACUUUGGCGCGUCGCCCGAGUAUACAAGCACGAUCUUGACGCCACACGCAACACAGGCGCGGUGGCGUCUCCACCGAAAUAUGCUGGCGCAGCCCAACGCCAAG